UAAACCAGGCGGAGGAGUCCAGAACUCCGUUCGGCCAUUCCCUGUGUACAAAACCUCCGACUUCCAUAACUCAACUCGACUCGAUCGCAAAAAAUGGCUUCAAAAGAUAUAAAGUUAGCAAUAAAUCUCCUCCAAACCUAUGGUGGGAGGGAUAAAGUCAUGAGAGUAAUAGGCUACGGGUCAUUGUUUCUGUCAGGUCUCGUGAAAUCAUCGGCAAAAUCAAAGAAACUGCUGACCAUUUCUACGGAACUCAGUGCCUGCCGCACGAUCCUACGGCUGUUUGAUGAUUUGCCGAUGUUGGGGUACUCGUUAUCAUAUGGAUUGGGAACACAGGAAAAGAGCUUAUGGCUACGAGUGUUAGGCCUUGCCAACAACCUGAUGGAUCAGCUCUUCUUUCCCCUGGAGCACAUAGCCUGGGCGGCCGACAAGAAGCUCAUUAAUGUAUCAUCCUCACCAUGGUGGGUGCUGUGCAUAGCAGCCUGGGGACUGUCAUUGAGUUUCAGCAUCUUGAGGAGUGUAACAAUGAUCAUGGGACUGAGAAGAACACGGAAGAAACUAGAACAGGAGAUCCAAAUGGAGGACCCUACGGGUACAGCCAGCAGGCAAGAAUCCACACAAAUGGAGGGACAGCAAAUAACCCGUCUCAAACAAGCUGAGCGCGCCCACUUCCUGGAGAUCCUUAAACACGCCACGGAUCUCUGCAACGCCAUCCACUGGAUGCCUCCAGGCUUCCUCUGGGGAGGUAAGCUCUCCAACACCACCGUGGGUUUCAUGGGUACCAUCUCCUCCAUCCUGUACCUCCGCUCCGUGGUUCAGCAAACGCAAGCCACGCUUGCUGUGUAACAAAAUUUCAUUGCUUCCUGCGAAGGGAAAUUUAUGCGAACUGUGUUCAAUUUUAUGCAAGAAUGCUGUUGUGAAAUGUAGUGUCAUGGGUUGAAAUUUAAGAGGACAGAAUUUUAUAGCUUUUAACAAAGUUGUUGGGGCUUUGUUUGCCUGUAAUUUUAUGAAAGUUUUUUUUAUUUAAAGAAAUUCAACUCAUGUUUUAACAUAGUUGUAGUCUUGCCAUGAUGACUGCGAUAAGUCUUUAAAGCUAGACUUUAUUUUUUUCUAAUGGAAACUUUAAAAAAAGUCAAAAUCAGAGGUUGUCUUCCAUUUUUAAUAAAGUUGUGGAAGAAAAAUUAAGUUAACCAAUAAUGGUUUGAUCAAGUAGCCUUUAAAUUGCCUUUGAAAUCUGUCUCAGAAACACCAAUAAAUCUGUAAUGAUUAGCAUGUAAAACAUUGAUUUAACAAAUGUUAAUUUUAUUUUUUUCUAUUACAGUAUACGCAGGUGACCAUUCAUGAUGCUUAAGUUGUAGUAAUGUUUAAUCACUAAACACAAUUUCAAAACACAGCCACUUUUAUUCAUUCUAUCUAUAUAUAGAUCUCUCUCAUAGAACGCCAUCUUUAUAGAAAAAUUACAACUGCGUGUUUAAUAUCAGGUGCGUGUGCACGUGCGCAGUGUGCAAAAUGUUCACGCACGCGUGAUGCUCAAAUUUCUGUGAAAUACAGCGCAGCCAAUGCACGUCACAAAAUUUGACGCCCAACAUGCCGAUGCACGUGGCAAUCUGUCGGAAGUGACAUCAUUUGAGAGAGACCUAUUAUGUUUGCUCUUACAAGCAUCUCCAGCUUAAGACUGUGCUUAAAUUUGUUCAUUUGACCACCAUUAGAGCACAAAUUCCCAAAAAAAACAUGUAAAUGCCUAUUACACUAAUCAAAGUCACAUAAUUUUGACCUUUUAACUAUGCAUACAAGUACAUACUCUCUAUCAUCUGAAAAUUGUAAAUAAAUGCAUGUAUUUAAAGCAAAUGGUAAAAAAAUGGUGGAUGUAGAAGGGAAGUACAAGUUUGGUCACAAACGUUUUAUGUACAUUUUAAAGCUAAAUAUUCUGUACAAAUAUUAAAAAGAGAAAAAUUGAUAAAAUGUUUAUAUUAUUUGGUUGUAUUUGGAAGCAUGAUAAUGCACCAUUUAAGGGAAGCUGUUGGUAUAAUAUAAAAUUGCAUAUAAUAAACAAUUUGUUGAACACCACAAACAC